ACGAGUGAGAGCUUGCUGUUGAAGAGAGGUCUGAGGUCCGAGGUCCAGGUUCAUGGUGUGAAAUUAAAUGGUAGGUUUAAUGAUGUCAGCUACAGCAAACCAGACCUGCUUAUGUACUUAGCACACACUAGCCAUAUUAUAGCAAGUGUUUUGCUUAAUAACUAAUUAAUGCAUAAUUAAGAACAUGAUAUUGCGUUAGAUAAAGACAAGGUGUAAAGUUGUGGCUCUUCUCUAGGCCUAUAGCGAUUCUUUAGUUUGUGAGUCUCCGCGGUCCGAGAUGGAUGAACACCGCUUCAUAACUCAAGCGGUUUCACCAGAGACGGGUUUUAGCGUCUCCGGUGGGAUUGCUGAGGCUCUCCGGUCAGUCGCGAGGUCAGACACGUGGAGUCUUCAGAGGGUUUUUCUCCAGACUGCAUCACUCCUCAGUGUAGAGGAUCCAAAACCCAUUCUCACUCAGACAGAUUCCCCUGUUCUGGUCAGUGGACGAGAUGAGGACAAACGCUGCAUGGCCGAUACUCAGGAUAAAACCCGAGAUGAAACGUUUGAAGUGAAGUUAAAAUAUAUCAGUGAUUCGGUGCCUCUGUAUCAGGAGUACUGGCUGAAAUGUAUGAAGGCAGAGCUACAGAAGGCACAGCUUAAAAAACUGGUACACAUCGUGGAAGCGCCAUGUCGAUCUGCAGUGCCCUCUCCUGUUGCACCAAUCCCAGCUUGUGCAUCAAGCCCAUCAGGACUGGAUGUGGCACCGUACGCCCUGUGGCAGCAGCUACCUGAAGUAAAAAGGCAAAACUUGGUGCACACACUUACACCCAGAGACAUUCGCCAUCAGGAGGCCAUGUUUGAACUGAUCGUGUCCGAGGCUUCGUAUCAGAAGAGUUUGCGAGUGGCAGUUGGACUCUUUCAGUCCUCUGCUCAGCUGAAGCAAACUUUAACUCCGGUGGAGAAUCAUGUUUUAUUUUCGAACUUGAAGGAAGUCUGCAAGGUCAGCGAGCGUUUUCUUCAGGAUUUGGAGACUCGACUGGGGCAGAAUGUGGUGAUGUCUAAGAUUGGAGACGUUGUACUGAAUCACAAAGCAAUGUUUCGUCGAGUCUAUGUGCCCUAUGUCACCAACAUGAUGUAUCAGGAGACCCUUAUUGCAAAACUUUUACAAGAAAACAGGAAAUUUGUGCAAGCCUUGAAGAAGCUUGAGAAGGACCCACUUUGCCAGAGACAGACACUCAAGUCCUUCCUGAUCCUUCCCUUCCAAAGGAUAACAAGAUUGAGGCUUAUUUUAGAGAAUAUCCUUAAAAGGACUGACGAACACUCCACUGAUGUUCCCAACCUAAAGAGUGCAAUUGAAGCUGUACGAGAGAUAGUCGUGGAGUGUGACCUCAAUGUCCAGCAAAUGAAACAGACAGAGGAACUGGUUAGCUUGGAAAAGCUUGUGGAUUUCGGCAAUGUCAAGUCUGUACCUUUAAUUGUAAGUGGCCGUCAUCUGAUUCGAGCGGGACCCUUGAAAAAGUUGACGGUCAAGAGUAAUCAGACCUCUGGCUCCAUGGUCUCACGCACAGACAUCUUCCUCCACCUCUUCAAUGACCUCUUGCUCCUCUCAAUCAAGAAUGGAAACCGAUUCAGUGUGCAAGAUCACGCAGCGUUUCCUGCUCAUGUUCGUGUAGAGGAUUUAAAGACUAAGAUGCUGGGUCUGCCAUCUGAUGCCUUUCUGCUCCAUCUCACCCAAAACCACAUGCGUGCUUCUUCUGCAGUUAUAGUCACCGCACAGUCACGGAUGGAAAAAGAGACCUGGCUCCAACUUUUCUCUUCACAGAAUGGCACCAUUGGUAAUACAGAGAUCAAGAAUGUUUAA